AUGCAGCAGCAGCAGCAAGAGCAACAACAGCAACAGCAACAGCAACAGCAACAGCACAACGAGUUGCAAUGGCUACGAGCCAAUACGCCGAUUACAUUAACUCACAUUGAAGAAGCACUUAUUGAUCGACAAGGAAGAGACCUUCAAGUACUACCAUCCGUUAUAUCGGCUGUUAAAACCUGGAUAACGCAACGCUUCAACGACAAUAACUAUAUCGAUCCGUUCCAAGAGCCUGAAGAAGAUCGUAUACCUGAAUCCUUUCGUGCUCUGUUAACAAGAGUAUUAUCUACAGCCAUUGAUAACUUCGUGGUGCACACAAUUACACAGCAUGCUCGACGGCUUGACCCUGCUUUGCGUUAUUACCGAGGGCUUGAUCCUGACAAUCCUUUCCCUCCGAUGCAUGACUUCAUGCUGAUAGCCGCGGCUUAUAUCAUGAAUUUUGAUCAUCUCCACCAAUUACUGACCAAUUACUACGACGAAGAAACAAUCGCUCGCUUAUUAAUGGAAUGCAACAUAAAAGUGGGUUUAAAAAUGCAUCACUUUAUCUUGGAAUAUCUAGAUAAACACCCACCCACAACGCUUGAUCAGUGUCUGAGAAAAUUUAUCCAAGCAAAAGGAUACCAGCAACGGCAGCGGAUCGGAGCUCCCUUUGGAGGUGGUGUUGCUCUUGAACAUGCUGGUCAACAACUACAGCUCCGACAACACUUGAACGACUUGAACAUCAACGACGCUCAUACUGUGUAUGAGAAUAUUCGGGAGCAGAUAAUUGAAGGGGAUAUGAUCACCAAUUUCGUAAAUCAAGAAGGAUACCACCCCGAGAUAGUGAUGAUGUGGUUAAGAAAACGGCUUCAUCAAAUCAAUGGCCAAUUGCAGUACCGGCAUCGUCAUCCACAGGUAGCAAACAAUGAUAAUGACCAACAAGAGAUGUAG